AUGCGCUCACGUGCCCGGAAAGGCGCGCGGCACGGCGGCGACACGGCCCGCCCCACCCAAGCGCGGGCGACGACCCCAGGACGAGAACGCCUGACACGCACUGGCACGGAGCCGGCGGGAUGGGGCACCCGGAAGCUCUCGGGCGACUGUCACCCGAGCAGAGCGUGUCAGCACUUAUCUGGCUUCACAAAACCACCCAUUCGGGGGCAAGAAUCGCCGCGCCCGGAGACGGGGCCCACCCACGGAUCACGAGGGGAACCCCUGGAUCACGGCCACGGCCACCAGACCCCAAGCACGACCCCAUCGCCACCAGGCCCGGAGCUCCCGGGGCCAUCUGGUCGACCCCAGAAGCGUGGCGGCAGGGGGAGCCGGGGACAGCCUCCCCGGGCCGCCCGCGCAGGCCGGGACCGGUCAGUCCCUCCCUCUGAGUCGCCGGGUCAGGACUUAGAAAAGAAUUCCGCAGAGGCGCCUCCGGCGACCGGGCCCGGGGCGGGACCGUGGCUCCCGUCCCUCAGCCGGGGCUCCACCUACGCCUCGGGCCGGCCCCCUCCCACCUCCGGACAAAGACGCGACCCACGAAACUCGGAGAGAGAAGUCCGGUCCGACGGCCCGGACCCACCCCGGGCACGCGUCCGGGCCGGGGACGCCCUCCCCGGCCCGCCCUCGAGGGCUCCCGGGGCCGGUCCACGCUCUUCUCCAGGGCGGGACUUGGACAAAAAACUGCCACGGAGGAGGCGGCAUCCGAGGACCGGGCCCGGUCCCCACCGCCAGAGCCGGUCGACUCGGAAGACCAGUGGGGAAAAGGCCAGCCUGGCGGCCGAGCCCGUCGCGCCCUCCACGGGCCUCCCCCGCAAGGCCCCGGCCGGUCGCCCACCUCCGGAGCGGGGCGCGGAAAGGGGAUCGGCGAUGCGGAAGGACCGACCACCGGGCCGCCCUCGGGACGACGGCCGGGCACGGGACGAGCUCCCUCGCCCGUUCCCCCGCGGCGGCCCCCCACCCCCUCCCGGGGACGGAGGGGCACCGGCGGCUGCUGGUCGACCCGUCCGGGAGGCCCCACACCCCGGCCGGCACCGGGCGGCGCGGCGACAGCCACCUCCCUCAGUAGCCUGCACCUCCAAUCUCCGGCGAGCGGGCGUCGCGCUCACGCCCCGGCGCCACCGGGCCAGAUCCCGCCAGCGACGCAGUCGCGUCGACACCGGCCAGCCGGACGGCCCGCGCACGCCCCCGCGGGCCAAGAGCCGGACCGAGGCCCGAACCCCCGCCCCAGGGGGUGGCGCGGCGCGCCGGCGGCCGGUCACGACGGCUGGCCGGGACCUGACCCGCGCUGUGACAGACACGCGCGCGCCAGAACGGGGCACCGCGGGGGACGGUCCCCCGCCCGCACGCAACGUCGCCGUCUCGCGGGCGGCAGCGGCGGACACGGAGGAGGCCGCAGCGGCCCCGGGAAGCGAGUCGCGCUCGGGGCGGGGCCCCGGUCGGGCAGCCAGAACAGGCGACGACGGGGAAGGGCUCGGGAGAAGGCCGGCGGCGGGCUCUCCCGCACACGGCGCCAGCGUCCCACGCCGGGCCCCUGGCGAGCGGGCCCCACCCGACUGGAACCGAGAACACUUCGCCCGGGGCCACCACCGGCCUCGGUGGCCGGAGGCGACACCCGCGCGGCGAGGCCCAUUUCGGUCCCGGCCGGUGGGCGGCGCGGCCAGGCGUCUGCCCGGGCGGGGGAGCACCGGGGGCAGCAGGGAGCGCGGCGCGCGCCUCGACGGAGGGGGCGCAGGCUUGCGGGAAGGCUCCCAGGGACGGCCUCGGGCACGGACGGGCCACCAGGAAAACACGCGGGAUCCCACCGCCAACAACAUGCAAGGGCGGUCCCACGAUGCCUGGGACGCCGGCCGGCCUCAGCCACCCUUCGGCCUCCCGCGGGCCCGGCCCCACCGCCGGGGCGUACGUGAGGCACCCCCGCCGCCAGGGGCCGCCCCGUCCACCCAGCCACCCGUCUGCCUGUCUGGUCUGCUCCGGGGCCCACGUCCCGAGGGAACGCACCCGAGAGCGGCGGCGGCCCCCACCCAUGCCCGCACGCCACCACCGGCUGCGGCUCAGGAGCGAGCAGAGAGCCAGCCGCUCACGGCGGGGCGGAGCCCAGACAUGGCCGGGCCCUCUCCCAGCCCCAGUGCGUGA